AUGAGGCAUGUCCUCGGGCGGCACGUCCGUGCCUGUGGGCACCGCGCCUUCAGCACGGAGAAACCCAAAGUCAUGAUUUUGGGAACUGGUUGGGCAAGCUUUCGUGUUCUUGCCGACAUAGACACCAAGAAGACAGACGUCACGGUCGUCUCUCCUCGAAACCAUCUGCUGUUCACGCCAAUGUUGGCAUCUUCCGCACUGGGGACGGUGAAUCAAAGAUCGAUUUGCCAACCGGUGCGUCCGUUGGUGGCGAAAAAGAAUGCCACCUAUUAUGAAAGUGCUGUUGUUGCGAUUGACAAGGCUACGAAGAAAGUCAAAUGCAGAACAGUGGGAGGGGAAGAGUACAUGCUGCCGUACGACAAACUGGUGGUGGGAGUGGGCUUCCAGCCGAACGACUUUAACAUUCCAGGUGUGAAGGAGCAUGCCCUCUUCAUGAAGGAGACGGCAGAUGCUACGCGAUUCAAAGACCAUGUCUUGGAGAAGCUGGAGGAAGCCUCCUACCACCACGCGUUGGACAACGAUCUCUCUGUGAGCGACGAGGAGCGGGCGAGGAUCCAGGACUUGCUGACCUUCGUCGUGGUAGGAGGUGGUCCCACAGGAGUCGAGCUCGCUGGGGAGCUAACAGACUUCCUCUACAACGAGGGUGCGAAGCUUUACGGUCACUUGAAGCACUCAAUCCGUGUUCACAUGUUCACCUAUGACCUCCUAAACACCUUCGAUCAGGACUUACAGGAUUAUGCCCUGACCCACCUGCAGAGAAAGCAAGGGGUUCAAAUUCAUCUUGGUGCCUUUGUUCAGAAAGUAGAGCCCAACGUGGUGCACGUCAAGACGGGAGAGAGCCUGAUGUCGAUUCGCUACGGCACACUGGUGUGGUGUGCCGGCAUCAAGCCUCACCCAUUCGUGAAGUCUUUCGGCUUUACGAUGAAUGACAGAGGAUCUCAAAUCCUGGUAGACCCUUACUUGAAAGUGAAGGGGGAAGAUGACAUCUAUGCCAUCGGCGAUUGUUCCACCAUAGAAGAUUACUGGCUUCCGCAAACAGCGCAAGUAGCCAAUCAACAGGGGCAGUAUCUGGCCAAAGUGUUGAGUCAGAAAGACCCCUUGAAUAUUAAGCCGUUCGAGUUCCACAACAAGGGGACAAUGGCGUAUCUGGGUGGCUUUACGGCUGUCAUGGCCAAGCUCCCGGGUGUGAACCGGGUCACUGGCUUUGUUGCGUUUCUUGGCUGGCGGUUCACCUACUGGUUCCUCCAGCUUUCGAUGCGAAAUCGUUUCAUGCUGUCCACCGACUGGCUUCGAACUUUGAUUUUCGGCCGUGAUCUCACAAGAUUUGGGCCCCGGUCCAAGCCCGAAUGA